CGUCCAUCAUAUGAGAUAUGGGUGAUCAUAAUAUGGAGGGAACGUGAAUGGAAAUGGAGGCUGUAAAACCCAAGAAAAAACAACGUAAAAAGAACAGAACUGCAGAGCGUAGGACUUUAGACACUGAGGGAACUAGCAAAGAUCCUGCAGAGACACAAAAGGACCAGGAAAGUGGAAAUACAAGCACUUCAGAAAAUGUAGAAGGUUUUGUAAGGAAAGAAGAAAAGGAGAACGAUGAGAAUAUUGCAGACAACUCAGUUGUUAAUACACAACAGUCCCAUGAGGAUACUCAAAACGAAGAGGCAGCUAAUAUCAAAGAUAAUAGCAAUGAAUUAACUUCAACUGACGUACAGCUAGAUGCAACCAGUACUGUUGGUCUUCCCAGUGAAUUGGGUGGCAACAUAACUUCACAAACUGAUGACAAAACUUCUGAAACAUCUGCUGCAAAUGUAGAUACUGAAAAAGUCAAUGAAAGCCUAGAAAAUAAUGGAAAUAAUACAGAUGAUUUUAACAGCUCUAUUACUAAUCAAGAAAAUGUAGAAAAUGAAACAAAUAUAAAUGAAUUAAGCAUUGAAAAUGCUACACUAGAAAAUGGGAAUAAAGAAGUCGAAAGUGAAAAGGAAGUGCAAAAUGAAACUUCUGAAUUGAAAAUUGUAAAAACAGAUGAACCGCAAGACAAUGAAUUGAACUCAASUAUAGCAGACACCAGGGAUGAUGCAAUUGAAAUUGGUCAGUCUACUUUGCUAACUGUGAAUACAACGACAACAGAAAAUAUAGGUGCUGAAGGUUUAGCUGAGAGAGAGGGAGUCAGGACUUUACAAGAGCAAAGAGAAAAUGUCAUUCAAUCAAAUGAAGGGCAGGAAAGAAUGCAAGAACCACAAGUAAUUUAUCCCAAAAUUGAUGAAGCAGUUGCUCAAAAUAAAGUUAAAUCAAGUCGCGAAGAAUUCCUUGAGCCAUUUUCCGAAGAUGAACUUAAAAUGUUUUAUUUUAACCCACUGUUAGAGCAGCUGGAGGGCUUUACAGAGCGGUUUCUUCAUAUCAGUCAACAAGGCAAGCAUGAGUUUUAUGARCUUGUGAAUAAUUAUUUCAAAAGUAGGAAUGCUUUGACAGUAGCUAUCAAGGAAUUGAAGAUUGUAGAAAAGGAAUAUAACAAUAAGAAAGAACAUCUUUGGAUCAUUAAAGAACURACAAGUAGCUCACAGGGAAAAUGCCGAGAYAAUGUACAAGUUACUCACAUCGAACACUACCAGCAAGUAGAGCUGAAUAGAACAGUUCUUUGGGAAGUAGAAAACUACUUAAAAACAAUUCAAAAGGCACUUAAUGAGACCCUAUGCUUACAGAUGUACACAUGCCAGCUAGCUUGUAUGAGAGUGAAUUCUUACAUCUAUGACCUGAUCAACAAUUCCACAACACUGAGGAAUGCAUCAACUGAGAGUCAUGUUGGAGGACUUUCACCUCCAGAAAUAACCUCAGAAUUCCAAUCAGAAGUUCAGCAAUUGCGGGAUUGCAUCAGUGUGCUGUUUAUGUUUGUCAGGCAACCUUUACAUGACCAGGAAUUUGCUGAUAAUCUUUAUAAGUGGACAGAACACUUAGUAUCUGUUUUACUAAGAGUUGCAUCCUUGGCUGACCUUGUGUUUCUUGUCAAUCAUGUCAUGCGUUGCCCACCAGGUUUCCCUAGCAAAGUAGCUAGUUUUAUCCAGUUUCCUGUACCACAUUACCAUGACAACGUGCAUGUGAUGGGCGAACAGUAUUUCUGGGAUAACCCCCUUGUACAUCACUUUGUAGCAAUGCUUGCUGCUAUCUUAUACCCGGUCAGGGGUCGAGAGCAGUUUCUAGAAAAAAUGAUAUGCAAAAAUCCAAGUACCAUAAGGAGCAUAAGUUGGACAUUAUUGGAUGAAGAUGGAGAAGAAGAUGAAGAACCUGAAAACAGCUGGAUGUUGUUUCAAGAAAAGGACCUGAUUGAUGUCUUUGGGCAAUUCCCAUUUGAUGCCUUCUUUAAGCAUCUCUUCAGAAUGGAUCCUUACCUAAUAGGUGAUGAUCUCUCUGAAGGUCUUUACAGUGUUGACAAGACGACAAGUAAAGAUAUCAUGAAGAUGUUGGCCUUUGCYUCGUGUAUAGUGAAAAUUAUGGGCGCAGCAUUUCAAUCCUAUCAAAAUAUACGCUACAGAGGAUUUGUAAAGAGAAUAGGCAGAACUAUCAGACAAGUUGUUCAAUACGUGCUGGAUCAUUGGUCAAACUAUUGUAGCUGGCGAGUGAAUAUGUGUGGUGAUUCCUAUACCACAAUACCAGACAUCUACUCCAUUGAAAAACAGUUUUCUUUACAGCAAUUACAAACAGAGGUUGAUCAGUUCUUUAUGAAAGCAACGCAGCAAAUUAUAUGUGCACACAAUCUUGGAGCAUGGCAGUUUCUUGCUGAUAUGCCAUUUAACAGCGUUUCGACGGCUACAUUGUGGGUAUUGUUCUGGGCAUUGCAUAGCGACUUAAGGAAGGGAAUACCAUCAUUAACUCUCACAGACCGCAAGAAUAUCACUGAAAUAUACUGGAAAGCAAAGCUACAAGAUAUCCGUAGUGAGUUUACUGACCAGUUAUCUCACAUGUCGCAGUCAGAAGCUAUCUUUCUACUUACGACUUUUGCUAACAUGGCUACAUCACGAGAGUCUCAUGAGAAAGAUUUUAUAGAAGCAAUCACUGUAGAAGUGUUUGAGGUGUCAUUCAUCUCUGACCAAACUAGAGAGUUUUGCUCAAAGACUGGUAGAGAUUUAUUAGGAACCAUUGCUGGAUAUCAUCCAUUUAUAUUCACCCUUCUUCUGCAAAGAGUCUCAGAAUCAAUAGCAACUAUAGGCAAGGCAUGCUUAUACAUGUUCAAUGGCCUGCCUAUUCACCUAUGUCGUCCCAGUCACUCUGACAUGGACGUUGUGAGAAGAUGGCUUCUGCAGGCAGACCUGUCUUCACCUGAGCAUCAACUGGCCAGACACAUAUUGCAAAACUUAAACUGGGGCUGUGUAGGAGAGCAAGGUGAGACAGACAGAUUGUUUCUGGAGAGAUCUUGGCAUAGAGCAGUGGCUGUGAUGCUGGUAGAAGCAUCAGCUCUAAGGCUGCCCAACAGGCCAGGAGGGAUWUCACAYGAUGCCUUCAAAGAUGGAGGUGGCUUAAUACAACAGGUUACAUUGAUAGCAGCUUCAUCAUAUAGCCGAUUUAUGCAACAAAACCAAGAGCAAGUUUUUUCUGAUUGGUUGUGGGAUGCAAUGUUAUUGUUGCGUCUCCAUGACAACGAUCUGCCAACACCUGUCAUGAGCUUUAGAAAUCGAAGUCACCCUGUGCAAAGAAAUGAACCAGUGGAAGGUAUAACAGGAUUUGCAGCCCAAACAGCAGCUUUGUCAUCAGAAGAACCUCUAGACUUGUACACAGAAAAGAGUUUAGUGAAUGUUGUUAAUGCAAUCAAAGCAAAUGGACCACUUGCUUGUUAUGUGUCCAUUGUUAUGACGCUGACAGGGGUCAACCCAGACUUAUUCAUAACCGAAGGCCUCAAUCAACUGAUUACAAUGAUGAAUGAGAAGUGUUUUGAUGCUGUGCUGAGAAUCAUCUACAGCUGUAUGUCCAUGUUUCUGUCUUGUCCAGAUAAACUGGUUGGCGAUAGCAGAUUUACCAAAAUCAUUCACCGAUUGUGUCAACUGGAUGGAGAGAGUGCUUACUAUGCAGAGAAACUUUUACUGUACCCUUCUGCUGGGGAAUACAGUGGUCGUAUUGCAGGAAUCAUGCAGAGCCACAUUGAAAAGUCACACUUCCGUGGCUCUCCAGGYCCUGUCAGUGUCAUUGAGUUUUGGAUGAAAGUGCUUUGCUCAUUGCCAAAUUGGUCCAAGGAUGGUAGUAUCCAAUACCUUCUUGAUAAUCUUAUGAAGGCAGCCAUUAAGAUAGAUGAUGGUCUUGCUGCUGUCAAGACCCAGUUGAUUGAUGGGUACAAAACUGUACUCAAGGAGUCUGGUAACCAGGGUUUGUUGUCAUCUCUAUGGUCAUUAGUUAGUAGUUCUACUGGACCUCCACAGCUGUGGGAUAUAAAGUCAUCGCCGGACUACAGUUACUAUGCCUACUGCGUGUUGUCUAUGGAGGAACAGAUGGAAGAGAAUGCUGGACUAAGGGUUCAAAUGGCUAAAGUACUGAUGCAAAAUCCUGAUAUCAGUAUUGACCAAGCACUCAAGAAAGUAGCUAAGGUAAUGAAGCUAACAUGGUCUCCCCAGCCGGCUCAUUUGUGCAUCUAUCGCUGGGCAAAUCAAACCAUGGCUACAUCCAUGGACCAUCCAGCUUUACCACUUAUUUGGCAAAAGUUCUUUAGACUUUAUCUUGAACGUCCUCCUUCACAACCAGGAUCCCAGCAGCGAGCAGGCGUUGGUUAUCGUUAUUUUGAUGGCCAGGCAGAUGUCUCAUUGUUAAAGAAAAUGAAGCAAAGGCUCCACACGAUUGCCGAACAUCACCGUGGAAUGGCAACACAAAUGGGCGCUGAUCAAGACUCAAUAGGAGACGGWGAAGAACAGGAUAUACACAAACAGUUUGAAGAAACCAAGGCGUUACAUGACAGAUUAUCAAUGUUUUAUCAAGUCCUUGCACUGUGGCUGGAUGAGCCUCGUCUGCAUGAUCCCACAUUAUACUUACCCUCCCUUCCYCCACCGUAUGAUGCACAGAGACUGGCGUUGGUUCUAAAAUCGCAACAGGACCCAUGGCUCGAUUUAGUCCAUGUUAAAAAAAUUGACUGGGAUUUGAGAGAAAUGGUUGGGAAGUGGAUGAAACAURCGUAUGGGACUCAAAGGCGUAAACCUAGCAGUACAACCAGUAUAUCAAGUAACUGGGGAUCAUCUCAGCCUGACACAGCUGCUGGACGAAUAAUCAAGCGAAUGAGGACACAUCAGCCAGCUCUUCCCCCACCCCCUGUGGUCAUGAUAAAAUCCCCAAUCCCUCCCCUGACAGAAAAAAUGUUGCUUAACAAACAGAAGGUCAUCAAUACAGUCCACGAAUAUCUUCAGAAACUCACAAUGCAUGCUAAACACUUUUGUCGUGAGACUGAUCACUUGAUUGCAUUGGAUGAGGAUUACGUGGAUCUUAUCCCAAGAAUGUCGACCAAUCAGAUGACGCAGCUUGUCAAGAAGGUCCCAUGUCGCAGCAAGUUUAGAACUGAUCACGUGUGCACGGGACCAGCAACCAUCACGUUACGGUUUACUGGUGAAAAAGGCGCAGUUAUCUCAAGAACGUAACGUUAGAGAAUUACUGAUGGAUAUUGGUACCAGUCUUUUCUAUCAAAUGGCUGGUCUCAUGGAUGAGACUGUUAUCCGUUUUCAGCCCACCAUUCAGUUCUUCUCGUCUUGUGUGGAAAUUUUAGGCAAGGAGUUUAUUCUCAGCAAUGGCUCCCAAACAGAACAAUUGUUAUUCACUAUACUAGAGCACACUUCUAUUACAAUGCUUCUUGUUCCAUUCUUCUCCCCCAAUGACAACCCAUCACGAUUCGCAGCUAUGUACCAUGAAGUCGUGCAAAUCCCUGAUAAAGACUUGGCCUUUUCCCUUCUUACUAAGUUUGAUCUCGAGAAGUGGUUAUCAUCAUCCAGUAGCUCACUAAUCGAUCGAUCAGGGUUGACUCUCGAAGUGUUCACAGCGUUAAAAAAACUCGGACUUGACGUUGAGGCCCAAGACAAAGCUAUCAAUGAGGUUUACCUACGUCAUAUGUCGUUGGUUUUGAUGUUCAAUUUUCCUGAACAGUAYAGCGAUACAUUGCGACUUCUAUUUGAAGGUUCUAGUAGCCGUGAUCUAUCCAUUGAUGUAUGGAAGAGAUUUUUGUUCUGUAUUGGCUGUGUUAUCCCUGAUCAAAACGAUGCACCGAAAUCACCAACCCUUGCGACUGUCAUGGCUGAUCAACAGGUGUUGGAGACUCUUGAUUGGUUGACCACGUACUUCUCAAGUGAGCGUGCCGAGUUAGGUGGUCACGUGACUGGUGGUCUAUAUACCAUGUGGCGUCCAUAUAUCAAACAGAUAUCGUUAUURCUUGGAUUCAUGUGCCAGCAAGUCGUCGUUCGUACAGCCAAACAGUCAAAUGACACGAUAGAAGGGUUGACCAAGUUAUGGGGACUGAUUUGUAAGACGUUUGAGCCGUGGAUAUGUGCGCAAGAUAGUCCUGUGGAGGGCAAUCCCCCGGUAGCUCCGUGGAACGAGACCGAAGUCCCUCAAGCUUCUGACAUGGUUGCACUAUUUACCGAUACUGUUUCUUGUCUUCAUUUGUAUUUCCCAAUAUCCCAAAGUGGUACAAGCCUAAUGAACCUGUUUUGGCCGUUCUUCGUGACGUCAUUGGUCAAACCUGGUAUCCCGGAUUACGUUCGUCGAGUAUAUCACUCCAAAUUCUUCAAUCUUCCAUGGAACAAGUUUUACCCAACUUUAGACAACAUCGAUCUCAUGCUUAAGCUCUUUCAGACAGCAGACACAUGCGCAGUCGAAGGAUCUUCUACAAAGCUUAACCUUGAACGUGAUUGCAAGACUAGUUUCCAGUUCCUUGGUAUUGUGUUUCCUCAAAUCGACUGGGAACGAGUUAUCGUUACAUAUAGCGAUGGUCAUCCAUCCAGUGUAGUAUCUCGACUAAUGACGUCUCUGUUUCAUCUACUGUUGAUGUUAACUAAUGAUAAAACAAUCAUGGAAUCUCAGGGCUCGGAAAUGCCAAGUUUUUUGGAAAAAGCUCAUUACUACCCUUGGCAGCACAUUGAAUCAAGGUCGUUCGACGAGAUCAUUUCAUGGCAAGUGGAACACUGUAAAGCGGAGCUUAUUCUUGAGCCAAACUCAUCGCUAUGGCAUGUAGUAAGGUUGAUUAGGACCGCAUCAGGAAUCACCACAACACCAUCAGGCUCACUGAAACCAAUGGCAUUGGCGUCUCUUCCCAAACGAAUUUGCUACGUGCGGUGCAUCGCAAGCUUAUUAGUGAAGUGCUCAUCCACUGAGAGCCUAGAUCCAGGCCUUUAUCCUGCCGUGGUCGAGUUUAUUUUAAGAGACAUAGAAAGUAUCGCGGGCGCAGGCGUUGAUCAUGAGACGACCUCCACUGAAGUAUGCCAACUGCUUUGUGAGACUCUCAACUUGCUGAACAACUGUUCACCCGUAAACAACGUACCAAAAACAGUGCUAAACUACAUCCUAGAAUACAUCAAAUCUACCAAAUCACUGAUACUYAUCCUAGCCUCAAUACCAGCCUYUUGUCGGUCUCUCGCAAACAUCGGAUACAUGGUGUCGUUGCUGGAGACUGGGAUCGAGGAGGUUUUCGCCAGGCAUUCCCCGCAAGUGGACGUGGCCGGGAGAGGCUCAGAUUGGGGCUGGAGYCAAGUUAUUCCUGGGUUUUCGAUUCCUGAACUUGCACAAGAUUCGUUUAUAGAUGAGUGUAUCAACCAAUCAGCUACCUUAACGCUGUACGCCUAUGUACUACUAAGGCUGUCACAGUGUCAGAGUUCCAACCAAGAGAUGACAGUAUUAUCUGAUCUCGUCAGUUGGAGUGCUCGCUUUAAAAUCUCAAAGGACAACGAAUACAAAGUAACGUUAUUUUGGCACAAGAUUCUACAGCUGUCUCUACGACAAGCUGACUUUUCAAGYGCGCCUCUCCAUGAUGUUGCCAAGCAACUGUCUUUCUUAGCAAGCAACUUACAUCAGUUGGGAGAAGAUAAAGAUUCAUCAGGACUCUUGGGCGCCAUUGGUUUUGGCAAGAAAUCAAUAUUCUCUGUCAACUUCAGAUUUUUAGCUCGCGUCCUUGAGGCGUUCAUUCUGGCCCAGCUUCCCUCGAACAUGCUGUUGAGACUGGAGCCGAAAGCAUCAGGCUACGUCCGUGAACCAAGUCGUAGCAAACGACGUAAUGAAAGCGGUCGUGUAAUUUCCUCAACAAACGAAGCAGAACUCGCUCUGACGUCGAUAGAAAAUCUCCGUACAAACAAGCUAUAUCAUCUAGUAUCAGGCCGUAUCACCGAGGUGUAUUCAUUUAUAGCCAACCCACUGCACUCACUGAGAGACGGGCCAUCGUUUGUUGCUCGCUUGUCUUUGGACCUGUUUCCUGGACUCUCUGCCUUGAAUAUAAUGAACUAAACGAACUAAAMCUUUGAUUUGAAAUUGCAAUGGUGACAUCAGCAUGACUAAGUGGUUACGUCAUAUUUUACGUCAUAAGUAACAUCGUAGUUUACGUCGUACAUGACGUCGUAUUUUAGGUCAUAUAUACAACGUCGUAUCCUAUGUCGUACUUGGCGUCGUAUUUUACAUCAUGUAUGACGUCGUAUGCUACACCGUAGUUGGCUUCGUAYUUUACGUCAUACAUGACGUCAUAUUUUACGUCAYAUAUAUGCAUUUURCGUCAUUGCUGGMGAGUAUAAAAAAAUUCCAAGAUAGUUACGUUAGCAUUGUUGGUUUUCAGGCUACGUCACAGCGUGCAUCUUGGAGGUACGUCAACAAAGCAUUCCUUAGUAGUAUCUAUUGUUCAUUCCUUCAACAUUUCCAACGGUCUUUCUUUGUUUGAAUCUCAAACGUGGGAAUGAUUUAAAAACAGCAAUUGAAAGAAGCAAAUAGUUUUGACGUUAUUUGAUAACUGUUUCUUGGUGGGAAGGAGAGAAUGGGCUUAGAAAGAUUARAAAGGUUAUAGUUAUUUUAGAAUUUUGUAAUAAAAUACAAAACAUAAAUAAAUACAAAUGUCAAUGAUUA